AUGCCCGACACCAUGCUCCAAUGCAUCUUGUGCAGGGACUCUGUUGACGACGAUAUAAAGAUCUUCAAGCUAAACACCGUCACCUAUGGGACUAAGCCUGCAUCGUUUUUAGCUAUUCGAGCUAUGCAUCAGCUGGCCAUGGAUGAGUCGUCUUCGUAUCCAUUGGGUUCGGAAACCAUUCUACAGGACUUCUACGUAGACGAUAUGAUUUCUGGAGGAAAUUCAGUCGAGGAAGUGCUGGAUAUUAUGCGUCAAACCACGGAGCUUCUUGCUUGUGGCAAUUUUCAGUUAAGGAAAUGGUGUUCAAACUCUCCUGAUGUUCUUCGUGAAGUCCCUGAGGCAGAAAGGGAAAGUUUUCUGAAGCUCGAUGAUGGCAGCGAUGUGACCAAGGCGCUUGGACUCAUCUGGGAACCCCAGAGGGACAAGUUCCUGUUUACUUUUGCACCUCAAAUCGGUGUUGGCAAGCACACCAAGCGUUCGGUGUUGUCAACCAUUGCACGGUGCUAUGAUCCUAUGGGAUUGAUUGGACCCACAUUGACCAGAGCGAAAAUCAUCAUGCAGCGCAUGUGGAGAGACAAGCUGCAUUGGGAUGAAAGUCUUCCUCAGCCACUGGAAUCGGCUUGGACUGAGUUUUGCAAGGACUUCGCUACUGUGGGUAACGCUACAUUUCCGCGUUAUAUACUUCAACCUAAGGCAAGGUUUGAGUUGCAUGCCUUUUGUGAUGCCAGCCUCCAGGCCUAUGGGGCUUGUAUCUACGCUCGUUCGUUUAGGGAUACCGCCGAUGAGGUACAUUUGCUUUGCUCGAAGGCUAGAGUUGCACCAUUGAAAACCCUCACGGUGCCUAAGCUUGAGCUAUGUGCAGCGUUCCUGUUAGCCAAUUUACUUCGCGAAAUUAGGAAAAUCGAUACCUUCGACUGCCCGAUCCAUUGCUGGUCGGAUUCAACUGUGGUACUGUCUUAG